AUGCAUCAAUUACUGUCCCGAAUCCCUGUAUUUAUUUUCUUCUUCUGCCUGACCAACGCAGCUGUCGAUUAUGUUGAAAAUUCGAAUGAAAUCGAAUUCGUGCCGGAACAUUCCAACGAAUGGGUUGUAAGAAUUGACGAAGGUGAUGACGUCGCUGAUCUUGUUGCAAGUGAACUUGGCUUACAAAAUAAACGAAAUGUCUUUGAUAAUUAUUAUUUAUUUAUUAAUCCAUACGUUCCACGACGAUCAAAACGUGCGACCAAUGAUUUUACCGAUCUACUCAAUAAACAUGAAAAAGUUAAUUGGGCUGAACAGCAACAAACACGAAACCGUGUUAAACGAGAUUACAUCGACAAACGCGCUCAAGAGGAUCGUGUCUACCGUUCCGUAGCAUUCUCUGACCCGAAAUGGUCGAAGGAAUGGUACUUGAAAGAUACCAGACCAAAAAGUUCAAGUCAAUUACCAAAACUCGAUCUCCAUGUUUUACCAGCAUGGGCAGCUGGUUAUACCGGAAAAGGUAUCAAAGUGACAAUUCUUGAUGAUGGUCUUGAAUGGAACAACUCGGAUAUUAUGGCAAAUUACGAUCCAAAAGCAAGCUACGAUUUAAACGAUAAUGAUGACGAUCCAAGUCCAAGAUACGAUCCAACAAAUGAAAACAAACAUGGAACACGAUGUGCAGGUGAAGUUGCGAUGGUUGCCAAUAAUUCCAUCUGUGGUGUUGGUAUCGCAUACAAUUCAAAAAUUGGUGGUAUCCGUAUGUUAGAUGGUCAUGUUACUGAUCGCGUCGAAGCCGAAGCUAUCGCUUUCAAUCAUAAAUACAUCGAUAUCUAUUCAGCGUCUUGGGGACCAAAUGAUGAUGGCCGAACAGUCGAAGGUCCAGGUACACUCGCUUCAGCUGCUUUCAUCAAAGGUAUCACGGAAGGUCGUAACGGAAAAGGUGUUAUCUACGUUUGGGCAUCGGGUAAUGGUGGACGACGACAAGAUAAUUGCAAUUGUGAUGGUUAUACCGGUUCAAUCUAUACAAUUUCAAUUUCGUCAGCAUCCGAACAUCAACAAUCACCAUGGUAUGCUGAACGUUGCCCAAGUACAAUGGCCACAACUUAUUCCUCGGGCGCUUAUCAAGAUCAAAAAGUGACAACAACUGAUCUUCAUGAUUCGUGUACUGAUGAUCAUACGGGAACGUCAGCUUCAGCACCGUUGGCUGCCGGUAUUUUUGCCCUUGUCUUAGAAGCAAAUCCGGAACUCUCAUGGCGUGACAUGCAACAUUUAGUUGCCUGGACAUCAGAAUAUGCACCAUUAGCUGAUAAUCACGGCUGGGCAAUAAAUGGUGCAGGUUUCAAAGUAAAUAGUCGAUUUGGUUUCGGUCUUCUUAACGCUGCAGCUUUAACUGAAGCAGCAAAAAAUUGGGUCACUGUACCAAAACAAAGCAUCUGCGAAAUUGAACCAGUCAAAUUCCAACCUCAAAAAAUUAGCGCUUCUCGUCCGUUAGAAAUUGAUUUUGAAGUCAAAGGUUGUGAAGGUGAAAACAACGUCGUUCGUUUUCUCGAACACGUACAACUCUAUGUUACAAUUCGUUAUACCCGACGUGGUGCACUCAAAAUAAACAUCACCAGUCCACAUGGCACACAAACGACAUUAUUAUCUGAACGUGAACAAGAUUCAUCAACUGAUGGAUUCAAGAACUGGUCAUUCAUGAGCGUACAUAACUGGGGUGAAGAUCCAAAAGGUUUAUGGACAAUCAAAAUCAUGGAUACAACUGGCAACAUGAACAAUCAUGGUUCACUCGAAGAUUUCCGUUUAGUCUUACACGGUACAGCCGAAGCACCACAUCACAUGAAAGCAGGACCACGAGUCUACGAUGAAAACUACAAUACUGUUCAAAAUGAACGAAGUGAAAAACGUCAAAGUUUGAAAAAUGCUGGUCAACAAGUCAUGCUCGAAUCAACCAAACGUUCAUCAAUUUCCCAAGAAUAUCGUCAACCAUUAUCUGAAGAUCAACUUGAUGAAAUAAGUGCAGUUCCCAAUACAGAUAGCCAUUGGCUUCGUCUUCUCGCUCGACUUAAUGGUAAUUGGUUACAAUAA